AUGGCCCGAAAUCUCCGUACACUCUUUCUUUUCGUUUUCGCUUCCCUUUUCCUCUUCGUUCUUCUCUACCAAUCACAUGCCCCUUCCAGUGCCCUCGUCUAUCACUAUCAGCCCCCUGCAACCACUACCACAAACUUCGGAGCCUCUUUCAUGGUCGUUAGUAAUGUUAUCACCGAGAGCCUCGAGGUGAGUUGGGUCUUUUCUCCUCGUUUGGCUUCUCAACUCUCUCCGUCACUCACGUUCCCCAUUCCUUCGGUCGCCGUUCUCUUGCCGGAUUGGGAGGUGCUCGUUCUUGUCUCCCCGGACUAUACUCCUCUCGCCUGGGACGUUAAUGAUCCUUAUGUGUGUCUUUUUGAUAAGGGAAUAACGUCGCCGGCGUUUCCGGCAGGGGUGUUGCCGUUUCCGGACCGGUUUAUGUUUAAGUGUGAGCUGCCGAGGAGAGUUCGACGGAGAAUUCCGUACAAGCAACCGGUGAUGGUUAAGUCUUCUUCUCUCAAUCUGAGGAUGGAUUGGACGCCGCCGAUACUGCUCCGGUGGAAUUUCGUGGUGUACGAUUCCCUCGCGACGGAGGACGACGUCGUCCUGUUCGUGAAGGGCGUGAACAACCGCCAAGGAAUAAACCGCGAGCCGACGGAAUUCCAAUGCGCGUUCUUUGCCGGUGAUGACGCCAUCAAAACCGUCGUUACCAGCUCAAUGCAAGAGGUGUUCCGCUGUAAACGUCCCGAUUUAACGGCCUUCCCCUUGGGAGAAGAAAAACGAAUCAAAGUCUCGCUCGAGAUUCUUGGACCCAACAACCCGGUUCUCGUCCCAACCGUCGCGUACUACACCGCGCCGCGAAACUUAUCCCCAAAAAACGGGAAAUCGCUAUUGUGCGUCGCCACCAUGGUGCGCAACGUGGCAAAGUUCCUCAACGAAUGGAUUCUCUACCAUUCCAAAAUCGGAGUCGAUAAAUUCAUAUUAUACGAUAACGGCAGCGACGAUGAUCUUCAAAAGAUCGUCGAAUCGCUGGUUCGACAAGGGUUCGAUAUAAGCACAUACUUUUGGCUAUGGCCAAAAACGCAAGAAGCCGGAUUCUCGCACAGCGCAGUCUACGCAAACACCUCUUGCAGAUGGAUCAUGUACGUCGACGUCGACGAGUUCGUGUACUCUCCGGCGUGGGCUAAAGUCUCCAAGCCCUCGAAAGCGCUGUUACAUUCACUUCUACCGAAGCUCAGAAAUCAUUCCACUACUCCGGCGCAGGUUAACAUCGGGUGUAUGGAAUUCGGGCCGUCGGGGCAAACGGUCCACCCGGAAACGGGCGUAACCCAAGGGUACAAUUGUCGGAAAGAAGGGCGUAUUCGGCACAAAUCGAUAGUUCUAUUGGAAGCGAUUGAUCACUCGCUGAUGAACGUGAUCCACCAUUUUAUACUGAAGCCUGGGUACAUGAGUAAAAAGUUGAGCUUAAAUACAUUGGUGGUGAAUCACUAUAAGUUCCAGGCGUGGCCGGAGUUCAAGGCGAAGUUCAGACGGCGCGUGUCGGCUUACGUCUUCGACUGGACCCAACCGUUGAACCCAAAAUCCAACGACCGGACCCCCGGUCUAGGGUACACGCCGGUGGAACCGGCGGAUUGGCCGACCAAGUUCUGUGAAGUAUAUGAUGAUGGGUUGAAAAAUCUGACUAGGAGAUGGUUUGGUGUUGAAUCUCCACAAGAUUAUAAAAUGGCAUGGCAUGGCAAAGAUGACGGUUAA